UCGUGCGUGCACACUCUACAACUAAUGCCUGGAAACAUGGCGAACAUACUGGAUGUGACAGCUUCUCCGCAAUUUGAAGACUUGCUUAAAAAGACUGGCAAGUCGCUAACAGUCGUCCACUUCCUGGCAGCAUGGGCUCCCCAGUGUGCACAGAUGAACGACGUCCUGGCUGAGCUGGCUAAGGAACAUGCGCAGACAACAUUUGUCAAGCUGGAAGCGGAGGCGGUGCCCGAGGUGUCGGAGAAAUAUGAGAUCAGCUCCGUGCCGACCUUCCUCUUCUUUAAGGGUGGGGAGGUGGUUGACAGGCUGGACGGUGCCCACGCCCCCGAGCUGAGUAAGAAGGUGUCCAAGCUGGCGGUGGGGGGCGUAGGGGGGCCCUCGGGGGGCACGGGGGAGGCCCCAAAACAGGACCUUAACGAGCGGCUGAAGAAGUUGAUCAACGCAGCCCCGUGCAUGCUGUUCAUGAAGGGCAACCCACAGGAACCACGAUGCGGCUUCAGCCGGCAGAUUGUCCAGAUCUUUAAGGAUCAGAGCAUCCAGUACAGCAGCUUCGAUAUCCUGUCGGAUGAGGAGGUGAGACAGGGGCUCAAGACGUACUCCAACUGGCCCACAUACCCGCAAGUCUACGCCAACGGAGACCUAGUGGGAGGACUGGACAUCAUCAAGGAACUGGUCGAAUCUGGUGAACUAGACAGCACCUUACCCAAGGCUGAGACAUUAGAGAAUCGGUUAAAGUCCCUCAUCAACAAGCACUCUGUCAUGUUGUUCAUGAAGGGCAACAAAGAGGCGGCCAGAUGUGGCUUCAGUCGACAGAUUCUGGAGCUCAUGAAUGGCGCAGGAGUGGAUUACGAUACAUUUGACAUUCUAUCGGAUGAAGAGGUUAGACAAGGACUCAAGACCUUUUCCAAUUGGCCGACGUAUCCACAGCUGUAUGUGAAAGGGGAGCUCAUUGGAGGGUUGGACAUUGUGAAGGAACUGAAAGAGAGCGGUGAGCUGGCGUCUGUGCUGAAAGGAGAGUGAUGAUAAGUCCAAUGUAGCCCAUCAAUCAGUUUGGAAAACACACAAAAAACACACACAUUGGUAUCCACAAAUGUUUCCCGGUUGGGUGGCACAAGUACCUUUUUCCCCAUUCCGGCCAAUAGUGGGUAUCUGUGAUUUUCCACUUAGAGCCGUAAGUCUUACCCUACCAAUAUUACGGACCAGGAAGUGAAGGAGAUGCAAUAUCCAGGUUGACGCCAGGGAUCAACGUCCAGCUGAUGCUGAGGAGCAAAGCUGCAGCUGAAAUAAAAUCGUCCAUGUUACACCCUA